ACAGCAAGUCAGUGGUCACAACAGAACUGGAGUAACCGACGGACCAACCCCCACGAGCAGAAGGAUCCGGACGGCCACUGGAACGAGCUCCCCUGUCGCCUCCUCGCCUCGGCCGGCGCUCCGCGACGACGACCUCCUCCUCCUCCUCCUCCGGUCCCCUGCAAAACCACCUCGUCGCCGGCAGCGUUGGCGGGCCUUGUAGCGAGGAGGGGGUGUGGAGGCGCGGCGAUUGUUCGCGGGAUGAGCUUCGGCGGCAGCAGCUCCGUCGCAUCCGGUGCGAAGAGGCCGUUUGAGUACGGGAGAACGCAUGUGGUGAGGCCCAAGGGCACGCACAAGGCCACCAUUGUCUGGCUCCACGGCCUUGGGGACAAUGGAGCCAGCUGGUCUCAACUACUGGAAACUCUUCCCCUUCCUAAUAUAAAAUGGAUAUGCCCCACUGCACCUUCAAGGCCUGUGUCAGUGUUUGGCGGGUUCCCCUCCACAGCAUGGUUUGAUGUUGCUGAUCUUUCUGAGGAUGCUCCUGAUGACAUUGAGGGCAUGGAUGCCUCAGCAGCACAUGUUGCGAAUUUGUUGUCGACUGAACCUGCUGACAUCAAACUUGGUGUUGGUGGCUUUAGUAUGGGUGCUGCUACUGCUCUGUACUCUGCAACAUGCUUUGCUCAUGGAAAAUAUGGGAAUGGGAAUCCAUACCCUGUGAACCUAAGUCUUGCCGUUGGACUUAGUGGCUGGCUUCCAUGUGCCAGGACCUUGAAGAACAGAAUUGAAGCCUCACCAGAGGCUGCACAAAAGGCUUCAUCAAUACCUCUUUUGCUCUGUCAUGGAAAAGCUGAUGAUGUAGUUCUCUACAAGCACGGGGAGAGAUCUGCUGAUGCCUUGAAGGCAAAUGGCUUCUCCAAUGUGCUAUUCAAGUCAUACAAUAGUCUUGGGCACUACACUGUUCCAGAGGAGAUGGAUGAAGUUUGCAAAUGGCUCACAGCAAAUUUGGCGCUCGGCACUAAGUCAUCUUGAUCAGAAAAUGUUGCGAGAAAGCUCGCAAUGGCGGUGUCCAAAUAAUACCCGGUGUCUGUUCCAGGGAGGUAAAUGGUUUAAUAGCAAAUUUGGGCUUGGGUAUACGGCCAUGUUCUAGUUUUUCUCACGCAGGCUUGUCUGCGAAUGCUGUACGCUUAUAAUUUCCAUAUUUUGGUCUACGUCGAUUUGGUUGUGGCACGGAUAAUGUUUGUUCAAAUAUUCUGUUUUCCGAUUUGGGGUUGUGAUGUUUUGCUUUCUCCGUGUAUAUGGAGAUGUCCUGCAA